AUGUCUUCCGGUCGUCUUGGAAGCUCUUCUUUGUCUGCUUCUGCCAUGACUAGCCCGACCACUCGUUCACUUUCUCCCGGUUCUUUAGUCAGUAGUCCUUGCAAAAACGACCCCCAAUCUUUGCCGUCUGUCUACAAUUACCAUCCAUCGGCGCAGACAGUUCAACAAGUACGACAAUUCUGCUAUAUGCCUUCAACAGUUCUUUCUCUCAGUACCGAUGCAAAUAAUGCUACAAAUUCCUCUUGCAACUACUCAGACAUAGUAACGGAAAAUUCUCCGAAUUUCUCUGGUAUUUACACCCUUAGGCAUGCUCAGGAGGGCGUUCAGAACUCUCCUAUUUCUCUCGCUCCAUUAAAAUCUUCAGAAAACCCUCUCAUGAAUCCUAAAAAGCGCGUUAAGCAUAAAUCAAGUGCAUUUACCAUUUCUGAUCGAAAAGGUGGGACUUUAAACCCCCCUUCCGAUUGUGCAGCAAAAUGUGCUGGCUGUUCAGCUGCUCUUCGGGAUCGUCACGUUAUUCGA